UGGGCCAAUGCAUCCUAUGGCGAAACAAAGGGAAUAUCAUACAAGAACUUCACAACCCCUUUAGAUCUUACCCCAGUAGUCACUUUAAGAUCACCCUUUUCCAAGCUAAUCCUUGCCUACAAUAUUAAAUAACUGUUACGUCAGUAUUGGGCAAAUUGCAAAACAAGAUUUAUUAAAUAAAAGGAAAGUCAUCACAAUAACAUGCCAUGAAGGAAAAUGCAUAUUUAACAAUAUAUUGACCCUGGUUAGAAGAAGACUGCAUAAUUUUUUUCUAUUUUAGUGGGUAUAGAUAUUUGAGAGUGUUGUGACCUAAUUUACCAAAAUUUACUUGUACCAAUUUUUCAGGUCAAUUUCAGUAGAUAUACUGAAGGAAGCAUCAAACAUCCACUAUUGAAGCAGUUAUCACUAGACCUAUUUAAGCCUGAGUGUGCUGGUUUGAAGAAACAUGAUAGCUUUUCAAAAUGGAUGAGUAAAGAACUUCCACAGGUGGUUGAUUUGGAUAUGAAAUCCAACUGCGAUGCUUUCUGGAGUGGCAUUGAGACUGUGAGUGUUGCUGAUGGUUCCAUUAUGCCAACUGAACAGCUAGAUGCUUAUGCAGUGAGCCCUUCACUUUCUCCAAACCAGUUAUUCAGCAUUCUGGAUGUUUCACCAAGCUGCAUGUAUAUUGGUCAAAAGACAAAGGUUUCAGUUACUGGUACAUUCUUGGCAAAGAAGGAGCAUGUGGAAAACUGUAAGUGGUCGUGUAUGUUUGGGGAUGUUGAAGUACCAGCUGAGGUUUUAACAGAUGGCACCCUUCGCUGCUGUGCGCCAGCACAUCGAUCUGGUAGAGUUCCUUUCUAUGUGACCUGCUCAAACAGGGUCGCUUGUAGUGAAGUGCGAGAAUUUGAGUAUAGAGAUUCUGAUUACCAGUACAUGGAGACUUCAUACUCUCAAGCUAAUGGUGUAAAUGAAAUGCACCUGCAUAUUCGUCUUGAGAAGCUUCUUUCCUUGGGGCCAGAUGACCAGCAGCUGCUUUUCUUGAGCAGUGGGAAUGAGAAACACGAGCUAAUCAAUGCUGUUAAUUCCUUGAUGCUCGAUGAGAAAUGGUCAGACCAGGGAUCAAUAUCUGAUGGGAAAGAAGUUUUGUUGACAAGGGACCAAACUUCAAAGAAAUCUGUGAAAGAGAGGCUUCACUAUUGGCUUAUCUAUAAAAUAAAUGAUGACGGAAAGGGUCCAAAUGUGCUGUGCAAGGAAGGGCAGGGUGUAAUUCAUUUGGUAGCUGCACUGGGCUAUGAUUGGGCUAUAAGACCGAUAAUUGUUGCUGGUGUCAAUGUGAACUUUAGAGAUGCUCAUGGAUGGACUGCACUUCACUGGGCUGCAUCCUGUGGAAGAGAGCGGUCAGUUGGCAUCCUUAUGGCAAAUGGAGCUGGAGCAGGUCUAUUAACAGAUCCCAAUUCUGAAUUUCCUUCUGGAAGAACUCCAGCAGACUUAGCCUCAGCAAAUGGACACAAGGGCAUUGCUGGUUUUCUUGCAGAAUCUGCUUUGACAAGCCAUCUGUCACAACUUACUAUAAGGGAAUCAAAGGAUAGCAGUGUGCAAGAAGUUUCUGGAUUACCAGUUGUUGUUAAUCUCGAUGAAACCAAUUCUUCCCAGCUUGCUGUAGAGGAUUCUCAUGCUGAAUCACUACAAGGUUCAUUAAGUGCUGUCCGUAAAUCCCAUCAAGCUGCAGCUAGGAUAUUUCAAGCAUUCAGGGUGGAGUCAUUCCACAGAAAGAAGGUUGUGGAAUAUGGAGAUGACGAUUGUGGAUUAUCUGAUGAACACACACUUUCACUUGUUUCUCUUAAAAAUGUCAAACCGGGACAACACGAUACACAUUUGCAUUCUGCUGCAGUUCGUAUCCAAAACAAGUUCCGUGGUUGGAAGGGGAGAAGGGAGUUUAUGAUCAUUCGCCAGAGAAUUGUCAAAUUACAGGCUCAUGUACGUGGACACCAAGUGAGGAAAAACUACCGGAAAGUCGUUUGGUCAGUCGGUAUCAUGGAGAAAGUUAUCCUGAGAUGGAGGAGAAAGAGACCUGGCUUGCGUGGGAUCCGACCUGGGAAUCAGCUAGAAGGCCCAUCACAGCAGAUCCAACCUGCAAAGGCAGAAGAUGAAUACGACUUCUUGCAGGAUGGUAAGAGGCAGGCCGAAGCCAGACUGCAGAGAGCGCUUGCCCGUGUGCACUCCAUGGCUCAGUAUCCAGAAGCAAGGGAGCAGUAUCAGAGGCUCACAACUUGUGUUGCUGAAAUGCAACAGUCCAGGGUGAUGCAGGAUGAGAUGUUAAGCGAGGCAGCCAAUGGUACUGAUUUCAUGGCUGGGCUGGAGGACUUGAUCCCGAGAGACGAUGCGCAGAUGUCUGUUAUCUGGUGAUAUUUUGAAGGUAGUAGGAUCAGGUUGCUGCCUAGCUUGUAGUUCGUGGCCACACUAGCUUUGUAAAUUGUUUCUCGCUAGUGGUUUGGUUAGCUGCUCACCGUUUGACUCUGGUAUUGUGCGGGCCUAUUCGUUAUGUAACUCAGUGCACUGAUUAUUAGUAGUACUAGAACAUUUUUUGGAUUCUUUAACUCUGCCCGUGUGCUAUUAUAUAUUCUGUAACUUAGUACACUGG